CGCGGCUCGCCAAGCUGCCCUGCUUAACGUAGAAUUCCCACCAGCGUUGUCAUCGCACGGCUUGAGUGAGUGUUCACUCUGCUCUGUUGACCAUGCCGCGUGCUGAGGCGGGGACGCCCAAAUGGUUGGCCAACAAGAUGAAGGCCAAGGGCCUUCAGAAGCUCCGCUGGUACUGCCAGAUGUGCCAGAAGCAAUGCCGAGACGAAAACGGAUUCAAGGUGGGAAGGGGAAGUGCACACGCAGCCACGCAACGAGUGUCGACGACUGUCCUGUCCCUCUUCCUGUGUGUGUGGUCGUGUUCAGUGUCAUCGCAUGUCGGAGGGCCACCAGCGUAUGAUGCAGACGUUCAUCCAGUCGCCCGGCAAGUUCCUCGACGCCUUCUCCCGCGAAUUCGAGGAGGGCUUCAUGAAGCUCAUGCGCACCAAGUCAGCGACGAGAUGUCCCUACACUCACGCAUCAACACGGGACCAAAGGCAUCUGUUGUGUCGUCUCUGUGUGUCGUGUGUGGCGCUGCAGGUACUCCCGGCAGCGUGUGCUUGCCAACACGGUGUACUGCGAGUUCAUCUCUGAUAAGAACCACAUCCACAUGAACUCCACUAUAUGGGUCACCCUCUCGGGGUUCUGUCAGGUAGGAUAGGAACACCCCAAACCACACACUACACUACACGACGAGAAGCGAGCACAUCUGGAGACCAUAGCGCCUUUCUGCCUGUGUGUGUGUGUGUGUGAUGCAGUAUUUGGGCCGCACGGGCAAGUGCAAGAUUGACCACACGGAGAAGGGCUGGUACGUCGAAUACAUCGACCAGGAAAAAAUCAAGAGAGAGGUGCGCACACACACUCUCUGCCAAGGGACACGACACGCCGCCGAACAGCCAUUCAGCCAUUCAUUCUCUAUGUGUGUGUUGUGGUGUGUCAUCUUUCACAGCAAGAGUUGGAGGCCAAGCGUGCUUACGAGUUGACUGAGGAGGAGCGCCAGAAGGCCGAGAUCGCCGAACGGGUCGAGAAGGCACAGGCCGCCGGGCUGUACAGGGAAGCGGUAGGGCACCGCAGCCACAGCCACCACCCCCCAGCACACCGUUCACGCGUCGUGUGCUGUACCUGGUUGUUGUUCAGGAGUACACAGAGCUGAUGCGGGAGGAUCCCGACGAGAAGAUCGCCUUCAAGGUGAGCUGAGGCUGAGUGUAGCGGACCAUACUUGUCUGUCGGUCGACAGUGCUCACACACGGUCCUUGUUCGUUCAUCAGAUGCCCGAGGUGCGUCUCAAGGCCGAGAAGACAGAGGAGGGGGAGGAAGGCGCCCCCGGCCCCUCCAAGCCCAGGAACCUCUUUGCCGAGCUCGCCAAGCAGAGACGCGCAGAGAAGGCGCAGAACAACGGGACGGUGGGGGCCAGUAGCAAUGCCAAUGGCCAUGGGGAGGGGAUUGUGGACGUUAGCGGGCCCGACGCGUCCGCAUCUGCAUCCGCAUCGGCCUCGUUUAGCGGUCAGCUGGAUAGGAGGGCCGAUGAGAAGGACAAACGGAAGGUGAGAAGAGGGAGGGAGGAUUCAAGUGAGAGGAGAGGACGCGAUCUGAAUCUCACCUCACACUGUCUGUGUGUGUGUGCGUGUGUGUGAUGCAGUUGUCGGCGUUGGAGCGUCUGCGUUUGGAAAACGAGGAGCGGAAGCUCAAGAAGGUCAAGACAGAGACCAACAGCACACCCACACCUGCACCUGCUCCCGCAUCCGCUGUCAAGCAGGAAGACGUAGAAGAGGAGACGUAAGGGCACAACAGCAGAAACCGGCUACAAGCAUGCAGCCAUGCUCAUGGCACGUGUGUGUAUCUGUGUGUGUCAGUUGGUUGAGUGAGGGUCUGGUUGUCAAGGUGGUGCUCAAGGACUUGGCGGGCGGCAAGUACUACAAGAAGAAGGGCAAAGUCACCAAUGUCCCCAAGCCGUAAGCCCAAUCAAUCCCCCACAGCAUGACGUACCUACCGCACAUAUACGUCGACGGCUCACCUACACCCCCUGUGUGUGGCACUGCUCAGCUUCACGGGCGACAUCCGCAUGCUCGACUCUGGCGACGUCCUCCGCCUCGACGAGACCCACCUCGAGACCGUCAUACCGGUACAAACACACAGCCCGCACCCACACAGACCGACCCGACUCCUCGCGAAAUCGAUCGCCCUUGUGUUGUGUUGCUCGCUGCGUGUGUGUCAGAAUGUUGGUGGGCGCGUGCGCAUCGUCAAGGGUGUGCACAGGGGCGAGGAGGGUGUGCUCAAGGCCGUCCACCUGGAGCAGUUUUGCGCGACGGUCGAGACGGCCGCCGGGGUGCGGGAGGGCAUGCAGUACGAACAGGUCUGCAAACUCAUGGCCGACGAGUAGCGAGGGAAGGGGAGCUGGCUGGUUCGUUGGGGCGUCGGUAGGGAAAGGGAAUUUUUCCUCUCUCACUUGCUUGUGAAUGUGUGUGUCCACCGUACGUGGAUUGUGAAGUGUGCAUAUGACUGCCUGACGAUGACCGAUUGGUUCGAUUCAAUUGGUUCGUGUCGUGGAUGCAGUGAGUGCAUCUCUCCUUAUACACUGUACAUGAUCAAUCAAGUGAUCCAUCAAACGCUAUGAUCGCGUGACAGCCCCAAAACCUUCUUGCAUCU